GAAGGCGGUUGGGAUGGUGGCGAAUCAUAAUUAUCAUCAGAUUCAUCGCCAUCGUCCACCACCACCACCGAACCCAUCCCAUCCAUCCAUCCCUCCUCUUCGUCCUUCCUUGAAUUCCCGAUUUCGUUCUGCAGCAACCGAAAGCUCUCUCGAAUUACCUCCCUCCUCGGCCUUCCUUCUUCAGCCCGUCCGUUGCUGUGGCAGCUGCGGGGACAACCGAAACGAGAAGCUUCUUCUUCUUCUUCUUCUUCUUCGUGUUCCCUCGGUUUAUGCCGUCGGACUGAUUCCCGGCGGGCCCUGAGAGGGUGGAUAGCGCUCCGCGUUGCCGGAAGGGCGAUGGCGAAUUUGUAUGUGAAGGCGGUGCCGCCGGCGGAUCUGAACCGGAACACCGAGUGGUUCAUGUACCCUGGAGUGUGGACCACCUACAUUCUCAUCCUCUUCUUCUCCUGGCUCCUCGUCCUCUCCCUCACCGCCUGCUCUCCCGGCAUGGCCUGGACCGUCGUCAACCUCUCCCACUUCCUCGUCACUUACCACUUCUUCCAUUGGAAGAAAGGAACCCCUUUCUCAGAAGAUCAAGGAAUCUACAAUAGCCUGACAUGGUGGGAGCAAAUGGACAAUGGGAAACAGCUCACACGGAACAGAAAGUUUCUUACUGUUGUACCGGUGGUGCUUUACUUGAUAGCAUCUCACACAACCGACUACCAGAAUCCUAUGCUCUUCCUGAACACACUUGCUGUGAUAGUGCUAGUUGUUGCCAAAUUUCCUAAUAUGCACAAGGUCCGAAUCUUUGGAAUCAAUGCAGACAAAUGAUCGGACUCCCAAGGACCUUUGAGUAUGAUCUAAUGAGAAGUGGGCUGUUGGUCUGCUUCAUCUAUGUAUAAGUCAGACCAGUGUAUGCUCGAAUAGUGUUAUCGUGCGGAUUGCUUUUGCAGGCUCUGUCAUAUAAGUGUAGCAGUUUACUUAUGUACAGCAAAGAAACUCCACCUAUCCAGAUAACAGAGCAAGCACUUGUUGCUUUUGUCAGUGUAUAGCGCAUCGUCAGUGUUAUAUCAGUACAUCCGUUGCUUUUUAUUAUGGUAAAAUUUCUGUACUCUUUUAUGUUCUA